AAUUUCCAUUUUCUCGUUUUUACAGGUGUUUUAUAACAAAUAAGAUGGCUACGUCCUCCAGCGCAGAACUGAGUAAGGCUGUCAAACAGCAGUACAUGGACCUCCCUCAGGGAGACAAAGUCCAAAUUAUGUACGUCUGGAUCGAUGGAACCGGAGAGGGACUCCGCUGUAAAACCAGAACGCUGGAUUCGGAGCCCAAGAGCAUCGAAGAACUGCCAGAAUGGAACUUUGAUGGCUCUAGCACCUACCAGUCUGAGGGCUCAAACAGUGACAUGUAUUUGAUUCCUUCUGCAAUGUUCAGAGAUCCUUUCCGCAAAGACCCCAACAAACUGGUCCUGUGUGAAGUGCUGAAGUACAACCGCAAACCUGCAGAAACCAACCUUCGUUUGACGUGUAAUAAAGUCAUGGACAUGGUUGAGAACCAGGUCCCUUGGUUUGGCAUGGAGCAAGAGUACACCAUUUUGGGCACUGAUGGACACCCGUUCGGCUGGCCGAACAAUGGCUUCCCUGGCCCACAAGGUCCCUAUUACUGUGGAGUGGGAUCUGACAAGGCCUACGGUAGAGAUAUUGUGGAAGCCCACUACAGAGCCUGCCUGUAUGCUGGGGUCAUGAUCUGUGGAACCAAUGCUGAAGUCAUGCCUGCGCAGUGGGAGUUCCAGGUUGGCCCUUGUGAAGGCAUCAGCAUGGGUGAUCACCUUUGGGCAGCUAGGUUCAUUCUCCACCGGGUGUGUGAGGACUUUGGUGUGGUGGCCUCAUUUGACCCCAAGCCCAUCCCUGGAAACUGGAACGGCGCUGGAUGCCACACCAAUUUCAGCACAAAAGAGAUGAGGGAAGAGGGUGGGUUGAAGGCCAUUGAGGAGUCCAUUGAAAGGCUGGGGAAGAGGCAUAGUUACCACAUCCGCGCCUAUGACCCUAAAGGGGGACUUGACAAUGCCCGUCGCCUCACCGGCCACCAUGAAACUUCCAACAUCCACGAGUUCUCUGCCGGUGUGGCCAACCGCGGUGCCAGCAUCCGCAUCCCUCGCACCGUGGGCCAGGAGAAGAAGGGCUACUUCGAGGACCGCCGCCCGUCUGCCAACUGUGACCCGUAUGCCGUGACGGAGGCUAUAAUCCGCACCUGUUUGCUCAGCGAGGAAGGAGACGAACCUGUGGACUAUUAGGUCUAACUAGAUCCCCACCUCUCUGGACUGAAUCCCCUUCGCCGCCACCCUUUUCCUUUCUCAUUUUAUAAAUGGCUGAAAAGUCGAACUAGUACUGUAUUUGUCAUUUUUCACAAACUAUUCUAACCUUCUAAAUGGCUUAAAGUUGGCUGGUCAACUUAACAUGGAAUUAAAUCUGUUUAACAUUAAAAAAAUCAUAAGAUGGUCGCUGACAGGGUGUCUUCCCCUUUCAUUUGAGUCUUUUCUAGUGGGGAGUAUUUAACUGUUUUUAAAACCCCAUUUGAUCUCGCGUUUCCUACCGUCUGAACUGAAAUAAACUAAAGCACAUGUGGACACUGACGACUAUGGCUGGGCGGCAUGUGUAAUUCUCUUAAUAAAAUCUAUGGAUUGUUUGUGU